AUGACAAGUUCUGCUUCCCUGGAGACGGUGAUGUCCUGCGGUAGGACCGGGCCGUCCGCGGCUCCCAAGACCCUCGCCUUCUCCAUAGACCGGAUCAUGUCCAAGAGCUCGGAGCCGAAGGGGAGCGUGGAGGAGCUGCGGUCCGAGGGGAAGAAGCUGCUGGGGCUUUGCUCCCCGAUCCCCUGCAUGAUCCCGCUGCAGCCCUUCAGCUACGACCUGCAGGCCAAGGCGCUGAUGAACUACUCCGAGCUGUGGAGGGCCAGUUUCAGGGGAACUUUUUGCGGCUCCGCAGCCGCGCCGUGCAAAGGGAGCUGCGGCGUGUGCGGCAAAGCGGAGCCGGGCGUGAAGCAGCCGCUCCUGACGUCGGGGAGCCGGGUGGUGAAGCCGCAGGUCAUCCACCAGGCCGUGGCCGUGCCCAGCGGCGGCUCGCUCUACUAUCUCAACUACCUGGACUCCGCGUACCAGCAGUCGGAGCUGUUGGCCGGACACUGGUUCUCCAACCCGCAGGCCCAGGCCUCUCUGUCGGCGCACCACAGACUUUUGCUGCUGGAGAACGCCAAACUUGCCGGGGUGGGGUCCGAGAAGCUGCCCACGCCGCAGUACCCGCACAAGGAACAUCUGCCGGGGCAGCUGGACCAGAUCGUGAAGGAGAACCACGGCCUGAGCGCCGAGAAGAACGGCGUAAAGACGCACAGCAAACUCAGCAGCAGCUGCACGAGCGCUGCAGACGGGAAACCCAAAAACUUCACGUGUGAAGUUUGUGGAAAGGUUUUUAACGCGCAUUACAAUCUGACCAGACACAUGCCGGUGCACACCGGGGCCCGGCCCUUCGUCUGCAAAGUGUGCGGUAAAGGAUUCCGGCAGGCCAGCACGUUGUGCAGACACAAGAUCAUCCACACACAGGAAAAGCCUCAUAAAUGCAACCAGUGUGGAAAGGCGUUCAACAGGAGCUCCACGCUCAACACUCACGUCCGGAUCCACGCCGGGUACAAACCUUUCGUCUGUGAGUUCUGCGGGAAAGGUUUCCACCAGAAAGGAAACUACAAGAACCACAAGCUGACGCACAGCGGGGAGAAGCAGUACAAGUGCUCCAUCUGCAACAAGGCCUUCCACCAGGUCUACAACCUGACCUUCCACAUGCACACGCACAACGACAAGAAGCCCUUCACCUGCGCCACCUGCGGCAAGGGCUUCUGCCGCAACUUUGACCUGAAGAAGCACAUCCGGAAGCUGCACGACAGCGUCUUCUCGGCGCCCACGGAGGCCUCCAGAGAGAGGGAGCUGCAGAGCUGA